AUAGAAGAAACGGAGGCAGAUGCGGGUGCGGAUGCGGAUGCGGAGGUGGAGGCGGAGGCAGAUGCGGGUGCGGAUGCGGAGGUGGAGGCGGAGGCAGAUGCGGAUGUCCUUAUAGAUGUACUACUGCAGCCCCUGUGACUACUACAACCAAGAAAUACGAGCUAGAAGAAUACGGGGAGGAAAAUGAAGAGGAAGGGGAAGAAACUAGAGCUUAUAAUCCUACUAACUAUCAACAAUAUCCCCGUUAUUAUGAAGAAGAAGUAGAAGAAGAUGAUGGUUGGGUGCCAGAUUCUGAGGAAGGAACACUACCAGAUGAAAACGCAAUUAAUGCAACAUCUACAACAACUACUCCAGCAACUGGAUCCAGACAUUCUUCAGGUGGUAAUGUUCAAAAUUCUAUUAACUAUCAACCAUAUACUCCUGUAUAUGAAGAAGAAGAAGAAGAUGAUGGUUGGGUACCAGAUUCAGAGGAAGGAACACUACCGGAUGAAAACGCAAUUAAUACAACAUCUACUACAACCACCACCACAACAACUACAACUUCUUCGCCUGUACUUAGAUUCAAAAGUUCUAGAAGAACUAACUCUUAUAAUUCUCGACCAUCCUAUUUUGGAAACGGACCAUGCCCCAGAAAUGUUCAAUAUGGCACUUUAUAG